AAGUGAAAGCAGCAUCCACGGCAGAGCCGGGGCCAGAUAACGAGGGGAGCUGCGCUGGGCUUCUCCCAGCCCCGAAGCUCCGGGCACAGAGGAGACGCCAUGCCUUCACAAGAUGACACCCAAAAGGGGGAUGAAAAAGCACAGCUCCUGGCUUCACAGGAGGACACCCAAAAGGGGGAUGGAAAAACACAGCUCCUGGCUGAGGUAUUUCAGAACGAAGGACUGGAGGUUGGAUAUUGGCUCCCCAAACUGUCCGAGAUCCUGGGAGUCCAGUGCACAGAAGCCCUGCAACAUCUGCAAUAUGAAGACUACCUUAAGCUGGAGUGCCAUGUGCGGCACUCCUGGGAGAAAAACGCGCUCCAGAAACUCCUGAAAAUACCAGAGAAGAAAGCAGCUUCUGAGGAGCUGCAGAAGCAGAGACAAGAAGCGGCCAAGCAAGUCCUGAAGGAGCUGACAGAAACACCCAAGAGCCGCAGCCAGAGCCAGGAUGCUGUAAGGCAGAAAGCAGAGGCUCAAUGGCAAGCCAUGGAGAUUUCCAAGGAGUUCCAGCCAGCGCCAAAGAAGCCUUUGGCGGAUGUACUGGAGAGCAACUUGAAGCAGCUGGAGCAGCAGGAGUCAUCAGUGGGCAGGAGGGAGAACAUCCCCGACACAGAGGUGCUGAGGCAGGCAUCAGGGGGACUGGCCCUGCAGGGCAUCUACAGAACCAGCAGAGCUGAAGAUGUGCUGGCAAAGCGAGAGCAGCUCAUCAGGGUUCCUGAGGGAUUCCAGCUAGUCGGUCCAGAGCAAGGAUCGGUGCUUGAGAGGAAGGAGUUCUCCUCCAAUGCAGCAGAAUCCUCUUUCACCAAGUCCAUGGAGCAGCUGGGCUUCACCAUCAGCGCUUCUGCCAAAGCCGAGUUCUGGAGGGUUAAUUUGGGCCUUGGUGUAGAUUACAGCAGGUCCUCACAGUCAGAGGACACCCACCAGUCCAACUCUGAGAAGAGCUACUUUUGCAUCACCAAGUACCAGUACAUCCCUCUGGCCUCCUGCUUCUUCCAAAGGCAUCAGCUUCUCCUCUCAGAUGCAGCCCUGCAAGAGCUGCAACGCAUGGAGCAGCUUUUGAGCUUCACUCGGGAAGAAGACAAGCCCAACCUGCUGGAGAGCUUCUUCCACAGGUUUGGGUCCCACGUCGACCAGGGUCCCCUCCACUUUGGGGGGAUAUUCUGGUGGAAGGCGUCUACAGAAGGAUUCAGAGACGAGCACCGGGAAAAGGUGAAGCGACAAACAUCUGAAGCCCUGAACAGCUUUGUCGGGGCCAGUCUUGGCGGCUUUGGGGCCAGUGGAGGAGGGGCCGCAACUGUUUCCAAAUCCAGCUCAAAGGCCUCUGGCGAGGACCAAGCCAGAGAGAACUCCCACACAGACAUUCAGCUCUAUGUGGUCAACACAGGGGGCCCAUCAGAGACAGAUUCUCUUCCUCAGUGGAAGACGGGGCUUGUGUCUAAUAACUCAACGUGGUGUGUUAUCGACCGAGGCUUCCAGCUGAUCCCGGUGUGGGAUGUCAUCCUGUGCAAUCACAGCAGGGAUUUUCAGUCCGUCUAUAGAAUGAGCAGUGCCCUCAGGGCUGCAUACAAAGCACUGACAAAUCAGAGCGUUGACACCACUGUUAGAGAGGAACUGGCCAGUGCAGUGGAAGAGGCCAGAGAUUUCAUGGAGUUUGUGAAGACCUGGGAGGGGACAGUGGAUGAAAGGAAACUGCUCAUGCUGAUGGAUCUAAAAGAGAAUCUGAAUGCAAAAACCAAGAACCCCAGUGUCUGGAUUGAGGUGUGCCUGUCGGACAAAGCCCUGCAGGAGGUUCUGGUGAACACUGUGAGGAGCUGCCAGGAGUCACCUCCAGAAAACUCCACCUCUAUCAAGGCACUGUUGUGGAGCCUCCUGGAUCCUCAUAUCAGUUCUGUCAAGAACUUCCCCAAGUCUUCCUUCAUUAUGCAAUGGAUCUUCCAGACUGAGCACAGGCUUCCCAAAACUUCCAAAGCCUUUGAGCUUGAACAGCUCAUAGAGACACUGCAGCAAAUGAUGGAGCACAUCCAUGCUGUCACCUACACACCAGGUGUGCCAUCUGCUACUGCCAUUCAGAAAGCAAAGAUAGAAGCCACCUGGAGUACAAUCUGUGCGAUUCAUUCCUCACUCCAGUCUCUCCAGGAAGGGGCUCAGAAGGACAUGCAACUGUUGGUGCUCUUAAUUGCGACCAGCAUGGGGUACCAGGUGGACAGCAACACUUUUCAGCGCCUCCUUGGACAUCAAGAAAUUCAGUACAUGGCACAGGCAAUGCAAGCAGCACAUGAGCAGUAUCUGAAUCUGAAGGAGCAAGAUGCUGAGAGAGCUGAGGCCUCCCUUCUGCUGACAGGUCUGACUGUGACCCCUGAAAGUAAAGAACUGUCCCCAGAGCAGAAGAAGGAGCGUUUAGUUUUCAUGGAAAGGCACAUGAAAGGCUUAUGGUCCACAGGGAUAAAGAAUCUCCUCCAGAAGCACAGGGAAUGCGAAGACUGGGAGAUGCUGGAAUGUGACUUGGACAAAACCAUGUUAAGUGGCAGCAAAUCCAAAGCAAAUCAAGCCACUGCAAACCAAGAGUUCCUCCACUUGCUCAAGCGCCUUGGACUAGAAAGUCACUAUCCAGGAAAAAUGGGAAUGGGAGAUUUCCACAUCAUCUGCAAGACAUCUCUGCAUGACAGACAGCCCAGCAAGGACCAGGAACUGCCAUUUCACUUCCUGCAGAAGCUCUUAACCGUGGAUUAUCGGGUGAGGUACAUGACUUGCAGGGAGGGGAGCAACCCAGGACUUGCCCCUGUGCCAGAAACCACAGAGCAAGAAGCCUCAGACUCCUUUGAAAACUUUGUAAAUGAUUUGGAGGAAGCAGCCCCUGAAGCUGCAAGCAGGGAGGGCCAUGUGCACCCCAUGGACAUCCAGAUGGCAAUUUUCCACUGUGCUGAUGACUUCUUGAGACAGUUCAUUGCAACCAAGCUGGCCUUCUGCCAACUGGCACUGCCUCUGCUGGUGCCCAAGCCAGGCACUGCCCAGAUUGAGUUCCCACUCUGGGCCCUCAGCCAAAUCAAAAGGAGCUGGAAAGAGGCGGAGAAGUCGGGACAGCAGCCCGGAAUGAACAGUUACAAUAACAAACUCAUUCAUCAGGCAGAGACACCCAUCGUGUCCUUCAUCCGCAUUGGCACCUCUGCCUCCUUUUCUAAGUCUCAGCUCCUCAGUGCUCUGCUGAGCAAACAAAGACACGACACCUUUUUCCAUCGCCAUUGCCGAGGCAGCACCAGAGAGCGUUUGCUGAUGGAAGGUGUUGUGGAGAUUGCCUGGUACUGUCCCCAGGGAAGCCCUGAUGACACCUUUGAGUGCUGUGUGGCUUUCUGUAACCUGCGUGGAGAUGCCAGGGAUCACGGAGCACAGCUGCAGUUCUUACAGGAGAUCUCUGCUGUGAACGUGGCUCUCGUAUCCGAGUCUGAGCACAUGAACGACAGAGGAAAAAAACUUCUGCGUGACCUGUCACGGUCGCAAAGGCCUCUGGUUUGUCUUCUCACUGACAAGGAGAAGGUUUCAGCUGGACAAUCCAGCAAAAAUAUAACAAUAGGGAUCAAGAACAGAAAUGAAAGAGUAAUGUUACAUGAGCUGAGCAAAACAAUCGGGAAUCUCCUGAAAGGGUCCAACUCACGUUUCAGUCUGGCUGCCUGCGUGGACAAAGCUCGCCAGCACGGAUUCUUAGUGGAUGAAGAUCAACCCGAUCCGCCACCACUGAUUCUUUGUGUAAAGAUCAACCCGACAGCCAAAGCAAAGGCAAAGGAGCUGGUGACUCUUCUGAAGAAAGAGAAGCUGUCUGAGAUCAACUCCAAGCUCCUACCUCUUCAAGAAAAUCUGUGGUACAAGUGGAGCCAAAGUGAAUCCAAAAAGGCAGAAAUAAGAAGAAAGCAAGUACAGCAAGCUUUCCCCCGCAAUCAGGUGAUGAAGCAAUUUUUUGGCUUUCUCCUGUCACAGCCUGUAGAUACCAAGAAAUACUUCCUGCAGUGGAUGAAGGUCUUUAUGGACGACCUGUCCUCUGGUUGCCUUGAAGAACUGAGGUGAGACCAACACAAGUUACGGUCUGAAAUCCGUACAGGAAAGGAAGACCAGGAAAAACCCAGUGAGUUAAAUGCCCUCUCUGAAGAAAUCAAAGAUUCAUCCAUUGGCCCUGAGCAUCUUUUAAGAGUGGUAGGGCAGAUUUUUGAAGCUAAGGAAGUAAUGAGUUCAGAGCAUGAAAAUGUUGUCAAACUGCCCCAAACUGCAGCAGACCUGAUGGUUUCAGGGUAUUCUGUGGAUCUGAUGAAUAGAGAUGCUUCUGACCUCUCCUUGGUCUGCUGGGUGGGAGCAAUCUUUGACAGCCUAAUUGAGAGGCUGGGGGACAAACGAGUGUUUGUUCUCUCCGUGCUCGGCAUCCAGAGCACAGGGAAGUCAACCCUGCUGAAUGCCAUGUUUGGGCUGCAGUUCAACAUCAGUGCGGGGAGAUGCACCCGGGGAGUGUUUAUGCAGCUCCUCCCACUGGACGAGGAGCUGCAACAGGACAUGGGCUUUGAUUACAUGCUGGUUGUUGACACAAAGGGGCUUUGUGCCCCACUCAUGGCCAGUAAACAGUCCCUGAAUGAUGAUAACAAGCUGGCCACCUUUGUCACUGGCAUCAGCAACAUGACCCUGAUCAACAUCUUUGGGGAAAAUCCCUCAGACAUGCAGGAUGUUCUUCAGAUCACUGUGCAGGCUUUUCUGAGGAUGAAGGAAGUACAUCUUUCCCCAAGCUGCCUCUUUGUCCACCAAAAUGUCAGAGGAGUUACUACCAAGGAACAGAACCUGGGAGGACAAAGACUUUUUCAGGAGAAGCUGGAUGAAAUGACAGUGGCAGCUGCCCAGCAGGAAUCCUGUGACGUCUCCUCCUUCAGCGACAUCAUCCACUUUGAUGUGAACACCCACGUUCACUAUUUAGAUCAC